AUGGUAAACAGACGCCUGAUGUUUUUCCUAGAGGAAAAGAACUACUUUUCACCACAUCAGAGUGGAUUUCGUAGGAACAGAAGUACCACGGAUAAUCUAGUAAAACUUGAAACAUCCAUACGCAAAGCGUUUAUUAGACGACAACACUUAGUGUCUGUAUUCUUUGAUAUAGAGAUGGCCUAUGAUCGCUGCUGGCGUUACGGAAUACUUCGUGAUCUACACGAAUUCGGAUUGCGGGGAGACUCAUGGAAACCUGGAGAGAGAAUUACUUUAAAAGGAUUCAAUCUCUACCGCAAGGAUGAUGAUAGCCACAAUCGUGCCAGUGGAGGUGUGGCUAUACUAGUUUCAAAUUGCAUUCCAUCCUUGCCGGUACAAAUAACAACAGAGCUGCAAGCUGUGGCAGUCAAAAUUUCAAUUGGCAUAACUGUCACUGUUUGCUCUAUAUACUUGCCACCAGAUGUCAGAGUCAGUGAGGAUGAAUUGGAGCAGCUGCCAACACCAUUCCUUUUACUUGGUGAUUUUAAUGGCCACAAUCCUAUUUGGGGCAGUCCAGACAUUAACCGUCAAGGCAGGACCAUUGAAAGAUUCAUAGGCAAUCGACAACUAUAUUAAUUUAAUACAGGAGAAGUGACAUACUUCCAUGCCCCAACAAGAACAUUCACUGCCAUUGAUUUGUCCUUAGCAAGCCCAAACUUGUUUUCAGCAUUUUCAUGGGAGGUUUGAUCUAAUCUACUCUCUAGUGACCACUUCCCAAUAUUUCUAAAAUAUCAAGGCAGAGAAAGCUGUGAAACAGCCCGUCCCCCAUGCUGGAAACUCGAAACGGCAGAUUGGCCUGCAUUCUCCUCUUUGGCUAACAUCACUGAGGAAAUGGUCAAUACUGCUGAUAUCAAUGACGCAGUUGAAGUUGUCACUUCCAGUAUUAUUCAGGCAGCCGAAAAAACAAUGGGAAAGACAUCAAGAAGAUACCCAAACCAUCCAAAACCAUGGUGGAACCAGAAUUGCGAGGCAGCAUUUAAAGCACAAAAGAAAGCUUGGGGGAUUUUCAGACGAUACCCCACUUCUAGAAAUUUGAUUGCUUUUAAAAAAGCAAAGGCAAAUGCCAGAAGAAUAAGAACGCAAAGCCAAAGGGAUUCUUGGAGGAAGUAUGUCUCUAGUAUAACAUCUUCCACUAACUCAAAAGCAGUCUGGGAUAAAAUUCAUAAAAUUAAUGGGAAAUAUGCUUCUCAUUCUCUGUCCAUGCUGGAAAAUAAUGGCACAAUAAUCAGUGAUAUACAGUGUAUUGCUGAUACAUUGGGUGAAACUUUUUCCUUGUCAUCCAGCAACAUAAUGUAUUCAAGGGAUUUCCAAGCUUACAAAGUGCAAAAGGAAAAGCAACAUUUAAACUUUCACCCAUCAUCUAAUGAGGAAUAUAAUGUGCCAUUCACUAGAAUCGAAUUACAAACAGUGAUUUCUUGCGCAGGGAAUAGUGCUGUAGGCUUGGAUAAAAUCCACUACAGCAUGAUUAAAAAUCUGUCAAACAACUUUUUUUGUAAUCUCCUGCAUCUGUUUAACAGAAUAUGGACAGAAAAUACUUUCCCUGAUUCUUGGAGACUAUCAAUUAUUAUCCCUAUUCCAAAACCCAGUAAAGACCGCAAGAAUCCCUCUAAUUACAGGCUAAUCUCUCUAACAAGUUGCUUGUAUAAAGUCUUUGAGAGGAUGGUAAACAGACGUCAGAUGUUCCUCCUAGAGGAAAAGAACUACUUUUCACCACAUCAGAGUGGAUUUCGUAGGAACAGAAGUACCACGGACAAUUUAGUGAAACUUGAAACAUCCAUACGCGAAGUGUUUGUUAGACGACAGCACUUAGUGUCUGUAUUUUUUGACAUUGAGAAGGCCUAUGAUCGCUGCUGGCGUUACGGAAUACUUCGUGAUUUACAUGAAUUCGGACUGUGGGGUAAUUUGCCAGUUUUUAUAAAAAACUUUCUGCAGAAUCGAAGAUUCCAAGUUAGAAUUGGCAACACAUUAUCUAGGUCUUUCGUCCAAGAAGAAGGGGUUUUUCAAGGAUGUAUUUUGAGUGUGACUCUGUUCCUAAUUAAAAUUAAUAGCAUAGCUAACUGUCUUCCUCCCAGUGUGAAACACUCUCUGUAUGUGGAUGACUUUCAGAUUUCCUACCAGUCUAGCAACAUUAGUUUUAUUGAGAGACAACUGCAAACCUCCCUGAAUCGCAUAAACAAUUGGUCUAAGACCAAUGGUUUUAGUUUCAACGUAGAGAAGACCUCGUGCAUACACUUUUGCCUAAGGCGUGGUUUGCACCUGGAUCUCGAAAUGUAUUUAAAUGGGGUUAAAAUUCCAAUUGUAAAUGAGGCUAAGUUUUUGGCUGUUAGUUUUGAGAAAAAACUGACAUUCUUACCACACUUGCACAACCUGAAGAGUAGAUGUUUAAUAUCUCUAAACCUUUUAAAGGUAUUAUGCUGCUUAUCCUGGGGAACAGACAAAGUUUCUAUGCUCAGGAUUUAUAGGGCCCUUGUUUGCUCUAAGCUGGACUACGGAUGCAUUGUUUAUGGCUUUGUGUGAGAAUCUACUCUUCGGAUGCUGGAUCCAAUCCAUCAUCAAGCUUUGCGUUUGUGCACUGGUGCAUUCCGAACUUCCCCUAUCAAAUGUUUGUAUGUGGAUGCUUAUGAGUCUCCACUGUCUCUCAGGAGAGAACAGUUGUCUCUUUUCUAUUAUUUAAAACAGAAAUCUUAUACUAAACCUCCAGUUGAUUGUACAGUAUCAGAUACUCAGCUGAAAAGGUUAUUUGAAGCUCGCGCAAGUAGUGUCCCUACAUUCGACAUAAGAAGGGAGAAUGUCAGCAGCACGAUUGACCUGAACAUAAGCAACGUUUCACAGGUUGAGAUUGAUAGUACACCACCCUGGUCUACUCCUGUGAUAAAUGUUUACUUUAGCUUAAAGCAGUUUCCUAAGGAAUCCACACCAGACUACAUCUAUAGAAAGCACUUUGCAGAAAUCCAACACAAUUAUAGGAAUUCAAUUUCCAUUUACACUGAUGGUUCUAAAUCGAAUGAUUAUGUUGGCUCAGCCUUUGUCUGCCAGGAUGAAAUCGUGGCAGAGCAAAUCACAUCGAAUUCAUCUAUUUUUACUGCAGAGCUGCAUGCUAUCCACUUAGCCUUAAACUAUGUAAUCAGAAAAGGUCAUCGUCGCUGCGUGAUUUACACUGACUCAGUUAGUGCAAUUCAGGCUUUGAUCUCGUGUGAACCUAGUCCUCACUCUAUAGUGAUUAAAAUUUGUAAACUGUUUUGCCAUCUUACUGCAAGUGAUUUGUUUGUAAAAUUUUGUUGGGUACCAGGCCACGUUGGUAUAAGAGGGAAUGAAGAAGCUGACGCAGCUGCAAAGUCAGUUAGUCUUUCACAGCAUACAAUGCAUGACAUUGUAAUUUAUNUUAUGGCUCUGUGCGAGAAUCUACUCUUCGGAUGCUGGAUCCAAUCCAUCAUCAAGCUUUGCAUUUGUGCACUGGUGCAUUCCGAACUUCCCCUGUCCAAAAAAUCUCAUACUAAACCUUUAGUUGAAAGUGCAGUAUCAGAUACUCAGCUGAAAAGGUAUUUUAUGGCGUCGGUGUUACUACAAGUAGGGAUGAUCGUGUUGUUGAUGUNUGAAGGUCACGAGAGUACCGAGUGUACCAGUACCCCAUGCUGUGUUAACUGCAAAGAUGCCCAUCCUUCUUACUCCCGAAAAUGCCCUGCAUGGCAAAGAGAAAAGGAGAUACAACAAGUGAAAACAGUCAACAACAUACCCUACCCAGAGGCUCGUCGUAUGGUCACUUCAACUGCACCUUUGAGACAGAAAACAUUUGCUGCUGUUUUGAAAUCCACAAAGACAUGUGGGGUUCAAACAGAUAUUUCUGUCUCUCCUAGUGAAUCUCUUACCCGCCAUGCGAAAUGUUUAAUUCUCCCAACUACCCAAACAUCAGAAAAGGAGAUUAAGAAAGCCAAAACACCCCUACCAAAAACAGGGCCUCAAGGCUCUAUUUUGAGUGUGACUCUGUUCCUAAUCAAAAUCAACAGCAUAGCUAACUGUCUUCCUCCUAGUGUAAAACACUCUUUGUACGUGGAUGAUUUUCAGAUCUCCUGCCAGUCUAGUAAUAUGAGUUUCAUUGAGAGACAACUGCAAACCUCCCUAAAUCGCAUAGACAACUGGUCCAAGACCAAUGGUUUUACUUUUAAUACAGAGAAGACUUCAUGCAUCCACUUUUGCCGAAGGCGUGGUAUGCACCUGGAUCCGGAAAUUUACCUAAACGGGGAUAAAGUUCCAAUGGUGAAUGAGGCUAAGUUUUUGGGUGUUCAUUUCGACCAAAAACUGACAUUUUUGCCACACUUGCGCAACCUGAAGAGUAGAUGUUUAAAAUCUUUAAACCUUUUAAAGGUACUAUGCUGCUCAUCUUGGGGAGCAGACAAAGUUUCGAUGCUCAGGAUUUAUAGGGCCAUUGUCCUUUCUAAGCUGGACUACGGUUGCAUUGUUUAUGGCUCUGCGCGAGAAUCUACUCUUCGGAUGCUGGAUCCAAUCCUCCAUCAAGCUUUGCGUUUGUGCACCGGUGCAUUUCGAACUUCCCCUGUUCAGAGUUUGUAUGUGGAUGCUUAUGAGCCUCCACUAUCACUCAGGAGAGAACAGUUGUCUCUUUUUUAUUACAUUAAACAAAAAUCUCAGAAAAAAUUUACAGCUGAUUGUCCAGAUUCUCAGCUGAAAAGAUUAUUUGCCGCUCGGACGAGUUGUGUCCCUACAUUUGACAUAAGAAUGGAGAAUGUAAGCAGCACGAUUGACUUAGACACAAGCAACAUCUCACAUGUUGAGGUUAGUAGUAUUCCACUUUGGUCAACUUCACCGAUUGAUGUUGAUUUAAGCUUAAAGCAGUUCCCUAAAGAAACCACGCCAGACUACGUCUAUAGACAGCACUUCGCAGAAAUUCAGCAUCGUAACAGGAAUUCAAUUCCUAUAUACACCGAUGGAUCUAAAUCGGAUAACUAUGUUGGCUUAGCUUUUGUUUGCCAGGAUGAAAUUCUGGCAGAACAAAUAGCACCGAAUUCUUCCAUCUUUUCUGCGGAGUUGCAGGCUAUUUAUUUAGCCUUAAAGUAUAUAAAUCGGAAAGGUCAUCGUUGCUGCGUGAUUUACACUGACUCAGUUAGUGCACUUCAGGCUUUGAUCUCGUAUGAACGUAGUUCUCACUCCAUAGUUAUUAAAAUUCGAAAACUAAUUUGUCAUCUCACUACGAGAAAUUUUUUUGUGAAGUUCUGUUGGGUCCCAGGCCACGUGGGUAUAAGAGGUAAUGAAGAAGCUGAUACAGCUGCUAAGUCAGCAAGUCCUUCACAGCAUACAAUGCGUAUUGAAGGAGGUGAUUUGAAGCUAGUCGUUAAAAAACGACUAGCAGAGAGAUGGCAAAACGUGUGGAAUGCACAAAUCCACAAUAAACUUCACGAGAUCAAACCUUUGGUAGAAAAUUGGACACAUAAUAGGCAAUAUGAUAGGAGAUCUGAGGUUAUCCUUACUCGUUUGAGAAUUGGACACACUCGACUGACUCAUCAAUACCUUUUGAAGGGAGAUGACGAACCAGUAUGUCAGCACUGCAACUGUGCUGUAAGUGUUAAACACAUAUUUUGCAACUGUGUUGCUUUUGAUCAGAUUCGUAGACAGCAUUUCGGAAAUGCAAGCUUUAGAGACAUUUUGGGCCAGAGGCCAAAUCUGGAUAAUAUACUGGACUUUCUGAAAGUCAUUAAUAUGUAUAGAGAAAUAUGAUGAUUUUAUUAUUGUAUAGUUUUAUUUACUUCAUGGUGCAUAUUUAAAUUAUUGUAUAUAUUUUUUGUUGUUUAUUUAUUUAUUUUUUGUUGUUGUUUAUUUAUUUAUUUAUUAUAUUUUAGAUUAUAUAUAUAUAUAUUACCAUUGGCCUUUUAAUGGUUAAACUGUUCGGUAUAUAUGUGUUUUCCUAUUUACUGUAUUUUGUACCUUCAAUCAUACCAUGUGUCAUGGCGCAGUAUAGCCUGCAUGGCUUUUGUGCCAAUAAAAAUUAACUAACCAACCAACCAACUUAUGAAACCAUCUGGUGAAAUAAGGCUUUGUGGUGAUUAUAAAGUAACCUUGAACAAAGCUCUUAGAGCACAUCCAUAUCCAAUUCCAUUUGUGGUCCAUUCAAUCUGUUGGCGUCUCUCCCACCUGCAACAAUAUUUGCAAAGUUGGACUUGGCCCAGGCAAAUCUACAACUACCUGUGGAUGAUGUCAGCACAGCUGCAAUCAAUCAUUACUCACCGAGGAGCGUACAGGGUAAUCAUCUUCAGUUUUGAGUAAGUGUAGCACCAAGAGUCUUCCAGAGUUUAGUAGACAGAUGAUCUCGCCUCCACACAGACUGUGUAGGCCCAUUUCAAGGAGAAAUGUUUUUAGUAGUAGUAGAUGCAACAUCAAAAAAAAAUGAAGUGCAUGAUGUCUACUACAACAGUAGUGAUUAAGGUUCUUCAAGAACGCAUGACUACUCACGGUAUACCUGACAGUAUUGUCAGACAACAGCCCACAGUUUGCUUCAGAGAGUUUUCCAUUUUGUUGAGGUCAAACGACAUUUGCCAGCCAUCCUACCAUCCACAAGGCAAUGGAUUGGCUGAAUGCAUGAUUCUUUCUAAAAAGGAGUUGCUGAAGAAAAUGAUGCAUGGGGAUUGGUCCGAAAAACUAUGUCAAUUUCUGCUACUAAAGCACAUCACUUUUUGUGCAAGUAUGGGGGUGAGCCCAGCAGAAGUGCUGUUCAAGCAACGUCUAUGAACAUGUCUUGACAUCAAGCACUUAGACCUGUCACCACCUCUACAAAAAACUCGGAACCUAAGAAACAGAUAUGCACUCUUAAAAAUAAUCACCUGUCUACAUCCAUAGGACAGGAGGGAACACAGAAUGGAUCCCAGCUAAUUACCUGUCGUACAGGACCAGUGAGCUAUGAGGUACAAACACCAUAAGACUUCUCGACACAGACACAUAGAUCAAAUGAAUUACCGCUCUCUCAUAACUCACGAUACAACAGAGAAUGGGCUAUCAAACACGGAACAGAAAUCAUCUAUAGCCCAUCAGACCAUGUCGAGCUGGAUCACAGCUACAUGGCUCGGUACUCAUCACGACCACGUCGUGCAGUUCUCUCUCCAUCAUACCUGAAAGGCUUUCAAACAUAGGAGUAGUGGUGUAGUGCAUCAACUAAAAGCAUAUGUCGUGGCCAGGAGGCAUUAGUAAGGAUUAACGUGAUUGGGUAAUAUUUUGGCACCCUUUUUCAUCAGUCUGACCAGUAGUUGUAUGUUUGUGCUAUCAACGAAAUACGAAUAGAAGCUACUUGGACUCGUUCCUGUGCAUGUUUAUUGUCUUAUCCUGGAGCUAACAUUCUCUCCUACAUAUUGGACACAUCUUUUAUUUUUCUUAAUUUAUUUAACUAACGACCCUAUGGCCAUUGGCCUUUUUCAAGGGUCAAUUGCUAGACUCACAUUUAAUCUUCUAUCCAAAAUAAUAUUUUUAUCGGGUUGAGUCACUUCAGCUUUGGUUUCGUGGACUAAUUUCCAGGUUUCACUUUUAAUCAAUGCUUGUUUUUUACUUUUCAAUUGCUUCUCUCUAGCUAGGGCUUUUUACUGCUUUGUAGAAAAGCAGGGAGGUCUCUUAAUCUUUUAUUUCAAAGUCAUCAAGACGUUUUGGUCUUCGCAGUUUAACCUACCUUUAUCUCCCAAAUCUCUCAAUGUGUUGGGACUACUGCUUUGAAUUUUAUCACUCCGAGUUUCAGUAUCUUCUACAACAGCGUUGUUUUUCUUUUUUCUUCCAUACAUUUACUUUCUUCCACUUUAUCCAAACUUUGUGUUUUCUUCACAAAAUGAUUUCCAUUUUAUGACUAUUCUUUUAUUUUUCUUGUCUACAAUAUUAGAAAAUACAUCUCUUGACACUAUCCUUUUCUAGUGAUCCCAUACUCUGUAUCCAUUAGGGGCAUACUCUACAAAUGUUAAUUUCUUACUUCGAUAGUCAAGUUUCUUCAAGUGACCUAGAAUUUUGGCAUGUAUUUCACAACCAAACAUGUGCAGAUGUGAUAGAUCGGGUUUAACCUUUGUCCAUUUUUCGAUGUUGUGUCUACAGUCUCUGUGGGUCUUUUAUUUAUAAGAUAUGCUUCAUUUAUUGCUUUUCCCACACUUCCUUGUUCAAGUUAGAAUAAAAAAUGAGAGCUUUCGCCUUUUCUAAUGUGCUGUUUAAUCUCUAUGCUCGUCCAUUCAAUUGUGGAAUGUAUGGCAUUAUGUAGUCUUUUUGAUUUACCAAUGUCUUAUCUUAUCACCGCCAUAUUCUACACCAUUGUCACAACGUAAUUUUGAUACUUUUAGAUUAAUGUACACUUCUACUUGAGUGACAUAUUCGCUGAUGUAUUCGAGCACUUCACUUUUAUUCUUGAGAAGAUAUACAAUACAAAAAUGACUGAAAAUCUUCCAGCAUAGUCAAAACAUAUUUAUUUCCA